AUGAAAGAGAGCAAGGAUCAUCCGCGAUCCGCCAAUGUUCUCAUUCCUCUUUCUCUCUCCUCUUCUUCCUCUCUUCUUGGCCCGGUCUCGAAGCUUUUCGGCUAUGAUCCGCGGGUGAACGAUGGAGGAAGGCCACGCGGCUAUGCGCGGCGACUAUGCACCGGCCACGAAACAGGGCCCCGAAACGACUUUACGGGAAUUACACCCGCGAAAUCGGGGAGAUAUGGAGCCGCGAAAUGCGAUGUGGCCAUCCGUCACUCUCGCGGCCCACAUGUCCGCGCCUGCCUUCCAAACCGGCUGCCUGACUGCCUGACUGCCUGCCUGCCUGCCUGGCUGGCUGGCUGGCUGGCUUGGUUGCUUCGUUGCUUCGUUGCUUCGAUCUUCUUCUCUUCGUCCCUGUUCACCGUGUAUCAUUUGCUUUGCAACCUUCUCCUUUGCCCGCACAAAACUGACGAUCCUGAUGAUCCUGAUCCUGGCAGACAGGCUGGAGCCUUCCUCGCCACAAAUUCCUGGAAGAGGGCUCGUGCAACUCCGCCUACCUGGACAGGUGCGUGCAGUUUCUGGCCUAGGGCAAGAGAAGCGGGCUGGCUUCGGGUGUCAAGAGCGCAUCCCUUG